GUCGUCCUUGGCCAAUUUGCAGGAUGGCAAGUACUGCAGGUGCGGCCGCGGCAGAAGUGACGACCUCCCUGAAGGUGGACGUAUGUGGAAGCCAGGAGUCCCUUGACCACGACAGCGGCAAGUUUUACACGGAAUACAAGUUGCGGUGCACGUUGAAAGGGGUGGACGGUCGGACACGGAGCUGGGAGACGCUUCGGCGAUAUCGGGAAUUCUGCGCCAUCGACAUCUUGCUCCGCGAGAAGUACCCGCACUUGGCCAGCUCGUUCCCAUCCCUACCUAGCAAGAAGUACUUGGGCUCGUCCUUGUCCAGCGAUUUUGUCGACAGACGACAACGUCACCUCGGCGUGUACAUCGAUUCGCUGCUGUCGUUGUAUCCUCAGAUUGUGCAAGACGAGAUAGUCGACGAGUUCAUCGAAGUGUCAUGUCAUUGAGUUCUACUUGUCCUAAGCCAAAAAUGUCAAUGCAAAUCGUAUUGCAUUCCACCA